CGUGGUCAGACAUAAAGCAAUGAUGAGGUUCUGGCCCCGGAGGAGACUCAUCAUCGCUAUCAUCGCAGCAUGUAGCUUACUCGUGUUCGUCUAUCUCCCAUGGACGAACUACAAUCAGGCUUCCUUCGUGACAACAUUGAUUGGCGGUCAUCGACGUCUAGCCGUGGUCGAUGACCAGGCAAGGGAUAACCCUACCUCGAGGAGAGACCGACAAAUAAGUUUGAGCGUCAUACGUAAUGCCUCAAGGCCCAUUGAUUGGUCCAAUGCUGUACCGAAACGUAAGGAUGACGUCAUCAGCGGUGUGUCGCUCCACCAGCGUAGGUUCGGAAACAGUCAGCAGGAAAAAGAUGGAUUGGUACAAGGAGGGCCAGAGAAGCAAUAUCGGUCUCAAAGCAAAUACCGCAAUUCACAACAAAAGAUAAAGACAGAGCUCUCACGAAAUCUCCGUGACGGCAAAGCCAUAGAGGUCCUCAGCGCCGACCCGGUACGAAAAGACGUGAGCGGGAACGGUGGAAAGUGUCUUCCUCGCCACAAUGUGGUCUUCUGGAAGACCCAUAAGUGCGGGAGCUCGACGAUGCAGAACAUGAUGUUCCGUCAUGCAAUCAAGAACGAUCUCCGACUGUUGUUGCCGCCUAGGACACAUCUCUUUGAUCUGAUACGGCGGUUUAAUGCUACCAGGGACGUCCCGAGGGAUUUUAUUGAGAGGGGGAAACACUUCAACAUGUUCGCGCACCAUGCCAGGUUCAGCGCUCCAGAUAUAGCAACCCUGAUGCCUCGAGAUAGCCUCUACGUCACGAUCCUGAGAUCACCACUGACCCUCUACGAGUCCAUCUACUCCUAUCUGGGACUUGGUAAGGACUUCGGCAACCAGACACACUUAGUUAAGAUUAAUACCUUCUUGAGGAACCCAAACGCAUUUUACAACGCGUCGGACUUAAAUGUACAUCGCCGCUAUGCCCGAAACCCUCUCCUCUAUGAUCUCGGGCUAGAGCCGAAAGACAUGGACAGCAAAACGAAGAUUGCGGACACCAUUCUCGAAGUGCAGCUCAGGUUCCAUUUUGUGUUGAUCUCGGAGUACUUUGACGAAUCUCUGGUUCUAUUAAAAGAUUUGAUGUGCUGGGACUUCAGUGAUAUAAUCUAUCUAAAGUUAAACGCGAGGGAGCAGAUACAUAAAACUUCGCCAUAUACCGCUAACAAGAUCGAGAAGUGGAAUUACGGUGAUAUGCAGCUUUAUCAGUACUUUAACGACUCCUUUUGGAAGAGAGUGGAGGCGUACGGGCGCACCCGUAUGGAGCAGGACGUUAGGACGUUGCGAGAUUUGAACGCGCGGUUGAUGGGCCGCUGUGUAGAAGAAGCAACCAAUGCAGAUGAUAUCGAGGACCAGGAAUCUCAAUGGCAUCCUGAAGGUAUCAACAUUGUUGCGUAUCGCCUGAAGGCAUCGGCAGUGAACGAUCGUACUUGCAGGGAUAUCAUCAAGUCCGAGAAACCCUUUACGGAGGAGAUUCGGGCCAAGCAAGGGGACUAUUAUUUUGCACCGAAAGGUGCUGAAGAGUUAAAGAAAUGGUGGCAUAUCGAGGACGAGUCGGAGAAGAAGGCUGUCAAGGUUUUGGACGCAAUGCUUGACCGGAUCCAUCCUCAAGAAAAACCACCUUGAGUCUAUAAAGCAUCAUUAUAAUUAUAUAACUCAGAGGUGCAUCAGAUAUAACUCGAUACUAUAGAACGAACUCGAUAGGCAUUGAUCAACGGGGUUUAAUGAGUUCAAGUGCUACCUAUAAUACACAGCAGACCGCUACCAAUUUUCGAAGAGAUCAUUUACCGCUGUAUUGGGUGGAUUAUCGUCGCACUGGGCCAACACCGGGGGUGCCAACUCGGCAUUUCCACCGGGUCCGAGUCGGGCAUGGUGUUGAGCUAGCCUGGAUUCCCUCUAAAUAGUCCUAAAAUCAUGAUCAUCUACAUAAUUUCAAGUCUACAAAUACCUUAAAGUACUUAUUUACUAAUUAGUUUUCACAUUCCUAGCAGAGAAACUUGAAAAUUAGUGUUUAAAAAGACGUACUUAAGGCGAAAUUUAGGCCAAUAUUAGCAAUUGUUGAGCUCUUCUAGAAAAUUCGGCCUUUAUUAUUUACCGAGUCGUCCUUAGUGCUGAUCCCCCUGUAUCACGGCUCAUUUUGAGAUUGUGAUUGAGAUGAGUUUGUGCCAUGCAUGGAUCGAGAGUCUUCUGCACUCAAUGUCGUCAGCAGUACACAAGAAAGGAAAUGGAUUGUCAAACCUUUUAACGAAAGUAUGGUGCUUGGUUACUAAUCAUAAGUGAUUAUGGUAGACUUGGUUAUAAUAAAUGGGAAUAUGAUGAUGGAUACAACGUAUAUUAUAAGCCCGUCGCAUAAUAGGCUACGCGUCGUUGUCUGAGGUUAGACUCAGUGUCAAUCAUUUUUGUGACCUUAAAAUUAGAAAAGUAUAGUACAUUGAAUUUUGCAAACAUUGCGUUGCAUGGCGCAGGUAAUAAUGCAAGCGAAAUGACGCCUCAUAAUUAUGAGCAACGAGCAUGGAGUGGCAAAUUAUCUUACACCCCCCCCCCUUUUUUUUCUCCACUAAAUUAUUCACCAGGGCUUAUUACAUUAAUUAUGCAAAUAUACCAUCGAUUGACAAUCAUAAAUCCACCACUUGUAGCGGCGGGCGCGGGGAGCCGGCCCCUCACUUUUUUGGGAAAGUAUUUUGAAGAGAAAUAAAAAAGAAAGAAAGAAAGAAUAGUGACCUGCCAGUGUUUAAAAAUAAGGUAUCAAAAUAUGCUCAUCUGACCAUAAUUAAACGCCUAAAACCCCGGGGGCUCUUCCCCCUGGAACCCCACCAAAUGCCCUUAAGCGGGCCCUUGGAUGAUCAUCUGACCUUAAUUUAAAGCCUUAAACCCCUGAUCUUUAGGGGCGAUCCCACGCCAAUUAGUGACCAGCCAGUGUCACAAAUAAGGGAUCAAAAUACGCUCAUCUGAUCGUAAUUAAAUGCAUAAAACCCUGAGCAUCCGGGGGCUCCAUCUCUUGACCACCGCUGGGGCUUUGCCAGAUGGACCCCAUGCAAAUUUACGCUCCACGCUCUACCUGAUUAUUAAUACUUUAGCCCCCCCCCCCCACCUUUGAAAAACGUUCCGCGGGGCAUGCAUGUAACAUAUACGAGUGGUGGUGAUGCGGAUUUUUGUUAUUCUGCCCCCCCCCCCCCCCCGGUCAUGAAAAUUAAUCGCCGCCCGUGGUUGGCUGCAAUCUCGUCUCGACCUCUGACUGCAUGGGCUUCCAUGAAUUAGCGUAUAGCUCCGUGUGGAAACAGCAUGUCCUUCCCUUCUCGAAUGGCGAAACAAAAGUGAGAGAGGAAAGGAAAGUGAAGGGGAAAGGUAACAAAAAGGGAGAUGUUAGGACUUCCUGCCACACCUUCCCGACUAAUCGAUGAUUUUGUUAGUUUUCGAUCAUCAUCAUGAUUUUCAUCUGCCAGUAAGACCAUUCUCCCCCACCCCGCGUGCAUGAUGACUUUGCCUAAACGGCUGGACCUGCCCUACGCAUCCGAUUCAGAUCCUUUGAAGUCUCACUGAUAUAACAUUUUUCAUAAUAUUGAUGGUUAACCUCCCCCCCGCCCGUAUCGUAAAUGCGACCAUAUGCGGAGGGGGGGGGGGGAGGGUGGAUUUGCAGCCUGAUUUUAGAGGUGGGACAAAAUGUUGUCGAUUUUCAGUAAUUAUCCUACGCACAUUUUGUAUAGAUAUUUAUAUUCUUCAGAAGAAAUUUAUCUGAUUCAUGGUCUUUUGUAUUGAAUUAUUUUGUGGGUAUAAAUCUUGUUAUAUAAAUAUGUACAUUACCAGAUAGGACAGGUGUAAUGAACACAAGUUUAUCAUUUUUAUCCAAUAUUUGUGAAAUAGUUAACGGUACAGUACUUCAGAUGCUUAGUAAUUGGAACGAAACUACGUGUAAUAUCAAUAUUGAAAUAUAUGCAAAAGCGUGAAAUAUGAAUUCCCAAUGUUUGAUUUUAUAGUGAACAAUUAAAUCGGGAUUAGAGUAGAGAUUUAAUAUAUCAAAAUAUUGUUUUAUAUUUUAUUAUACGCCCGUCCCAAUCCAAAAGUUGCAUUAUGUUAGGUUACCACCGUAGGUUGGGGAAUCUUUAUAUUUUUGAAGAACUUACAUCUAAUUCUAUAUACCGUAUGUAAAAGUAACAUCAUAUUUUAAAUUUAUACAGAGCGUUUGUAUGAUAUGAACAAAUAAGUUGUGCUUUACACCAUUUUUUUUUUUACACUGUGAAUUUUUGAAUGGUGCUAGAAAUUUGAAAUACAGCUCAUGCAUUUGUACAAACCAGAA